GAGCGGGCGGCGGGCAGCGCACACAUCCCGCACGUAGCCGGCGUAUUAAGCGGCGCGGGGCCAUCUGCCGCCUCCCGCUGUAAAUCGGGCGGGGGGUGCCGGGCGGUGCCGGGCGGUGCGAAGGCUGCUCGGGCGGCGGCAGCAGCAGCAGCACCAGCACCACCACCACCACCGCCGGAUCCCGCGGCGCAGCCCGUCCCGAAGAAGUUUUUCCUCGCCUCGCCCUGCCCCGCAGCCCCUGCCCGGGGCGGGGGGGUGGGGGGGGUCCGGAGCCGGCGGGGCAGCGGCGCGAUGCCGCUGGGGCACAUCAUGAGGGUGGACCUGGAGAGGAUCGCCCUGGAGUACGUGGUGCCCUGCUUGCACGACAUCGGCUUCUGCUACCUGGACAACUUCCUCGGGGAGGUGGUGGGGGACUGCGUGCUGGAGCGGGUGAAGCGCAUGCACCGCGACGGGGAGCUGGCGGACGGGCAGCUGGCCGGACCCAGCCGCGGCGUCGCCAAGCGGCAUCUCCGCGGCGACCAGAUCAAGUGGAUCGGAGGCACGGAGGAAGGCUGCGAGGCCAUCAAUUUCCUCCUCACUCUGAUAGACCGGCUGGUGAUGUACUGCGGGGCGCGGCUCGGCAAGUACUACGUGAAGGAGCGCUCCAAGGCUAUGGUUGCUUGCUAUCCUGGAAAUGGAACGGGGUAUGUUCGUCAUGUGGACAAUCCAAAUGGAGAUGGGCGCUGCAUCACCUGUAUUUAUUACUUGAAUAAGAACUGGGACUCCAAGCUACACGGUGGAAUUCUUCGGAUAUUUCCAGAAGGGAAGUCCUAUGUAGCAGAUGUUGAGCCAAUUUUUGAUAGAUUACUUUUUUUUUGGUCAGAUCGAAGGAACCCUCAUGAAGUCCAGCCUUCUUAUGCAACCAGAUAUGCCAUGACUGUGUGGUAUUUUGAUGCUGAAGAAAGAGCAGAAGCCAAAAAAAAGUUCAGGAACUUAACUGAUGCAAGGAAGAGAGAAGCACCUCUUAAUGAAGACUAAUCAACUGUUCCUGAGCUCUUUAUGAGAAAAUAAGAUCCCAAAGAUGACUUCCAUUUCCAGCAAACAAGGGCAAAUUCUUGUUUUGCAGAAGAAUGCACUGGUUGUGUCUAGCAUGUGUAUCCUAUAUUGAUGGUACUUAAGGCAGUCUCCUGUCAUGGCUGCAUCUGGCAGAAGGAACGCUUUUUUCUAUUUGCCUUUUGCUGGGAAAAAUAACCAGGAUUUUUUUAAAAAGAGAGUAUCACUAAGCCUAGUGGUAGAGGCUCAGGCAACUGGCUUUUGGUGACUCUUGUAACCAUUGGAACUAGUGGUAAAAACCUGAGUCUUGUUUGCACUUUAUGGGGGGUGGGGGGGAAUCUAGCUCAAUGGGAAGAGCUUUGCAGGUUUAAAAUCUGUGGCAGACUGCUAAUGGGCAAGGAGAGAUAUUGGAAAUGUGAAAUUAAAAUGGAUUAUUGUAGUGUGUCAUCUUAUGGUCUGUCCCACAUCGGCCUGUUGAUAUAUGCAGAACAUUGGCUCAGCUUUUCAUUAGCAGGACUUUCCAAACAGAUUUUUGACUACACAGUCAACGUAUUUCCUGGAUUUUGUUUGCUUUUCGAGAGUCAAGUUCUAGCUGUGCAGCUGCACUGCCCUUUCUGUCCCGGAACCGAGGGGGAAGUAGUUAACACAUCUGUCCACAACUUUGUAAAACCAUUUCCUUUCUGUUCUGAGUGGGGUGGGUUAUACAUUUUCUAUUUUCGUGGUGUGGUAAAGCAGCUGUUUUCUGCCAAAAGUUCGGUAAAUUUGGAAGGCUAAUGGCACACAAGGCGUUGGCACUGUAGGCCAAUGAUAUGCGGAGUUAAGUGUUAUUUUUGUGACUUCUCCAUCUACUAUGUUUUGUAUUACUGAUAUGAAUCUGAAAGCAAAAGAUAUGUCUGGCAGUCUGACAAAUGUACGAUAAAUAAUGGGUAACUUAGACUUGAUUUCUAUGCUGCUUAUCCUUAGUUAACACACUUGGUUAACUAGGCAUGCAUAUUUAAUUUAAAUGAAAGAGCAAUUCUGAUUUAAUUGAUUUGUUAUGCCAGGUAACUUCUGCUAACACUAACACACUUCUGCUGUGCCCAAGCCAUGAGAUCAGAGUUAUUCAAAUGGCAAAGCAUGUGUUUUUCUCCAUUAUUUUUUUGAACUUAUUAGACAAAAUGAGUCACUGGUGAGCUAUCUCAAAUCUGCCUAUGCAUCUACAACCAGCACUUACUAUGCAGUUCAGAAUAGCUCUUAACAAAGCUGGCAGUGGGUGUAUUUCACUCGCGCUAAUUGUUCUCAACCUAAUGCACUCACUUGAAUUCAUUUGUUUCAUGUUGUUAGUGUGGAUAGCAGAUGCUGAUUAUUGUUUGAAUAGAGACCCUCUUCAUUGUCCUCUACUUUCCAAUGCCAUUGCCAGCUGCCCGCAGUGGGGAAGGUGUUCUCCCUGAGCUGCUGGCCCUGCACCAGCUCUCCAUGCUGGGCUGAGCUGUCGUGCUAGUGGUGGGUGUGUGGGCCAGCCCUGGUGCACUUCAACUAGGGAAUGAAAAGGUAGCAUGCAAUGGCAACUAUUUAAUGUCAGUAACAGAAAUAUAACAGCUGCAUAGGACAGAAAAGAAGUAACUUUCCUGACAAAAAGUGGUAAGAGAAAAGAAUUAUAUUUUUAAGAAGUUCUGUCUCAAAAAAGAAACC